AUGGGGGAGAUAUGGCUCUACUCUCACCGCAGGCUCGCCACCCUGACCGCGACCGGCCAGCCCAAGUACCAGGAGGGGUUCGGACCGCUGCCCGACGGGUUCGCGUACGUGGAGUACAACGACGUGGACGAGCUCCGCGCGCUCGUCAAGUCGCUCACGCGGCCUCGCCGGCACCAGAGACUGGGCGUCGAAGUCGACGUGCUCACAUCGGCAAAGGCGCUCGGCGGCGGCGCGUCGUGCGAUGUCCUGACGCCGGGCACGCACGCGUCAACCUUCGGCGGCAACCCGCUCGCGUGCGCCGCCGCGAACGCGGUGCUGCAGGCGAGCCCUUGCCUGCGAGCGAUCGAGGACGACGGCGUGCUCGCCAACGUGAACGCGCGCUCGGCGCAGCUCGUGUCCGGCCUCGAGGCGCUGCGCUCCAAGCGGGAGGGCGUGAUCGCCGAGGUCCGCGGCUGGGGGCUCCUCCUCGGCGUCGAGCUCACGGCAGAGUGCGGCUUCACCGCCGCGCAGCUGACCGCCGCCGCGAUGCGCAACGGGCUGCUCACCGUGCCCGCGGGCGAAAAGGUGCUGCGGCUGGUGCCGCCGCUCAUCGUCUCUGCGGAGCAGGCCGACCGCGCCGUCGGCAUCCUCGAUGCGUCGAUGGCGGAGCUCAUGGCUGGGCAACGGGAGUGA